ACUCUCCCCCCAGGUCCCAUCACCUCCAAUCUCUCUCUCUAUUCCACUCUCCCCCCAGGUCCCAUCACCUCCAAUCUCUCUCUCUAUUCCACUCUCCCCCCAGGUCCCACCACCUCCAAUCUCUCUUUCUCUUCCACUCCCCCCAGCUCCCAUCACCUCCACUCCCUCAUUUUUCAUCUUUGGUUCACGAUGAUAUCCACCUGCUCGCAACGUCCCUAAUCUCUUUCCCCGUUACUAACGAGCUCUAUCUAUUCUACAUUGAAUCCGUAAAACUACAGUCACGGUAAUCAGGAGACCUGUUGUGACCUCACUCACGGAACCGCGUCAUUUCACCAAUGUCACCAGUUAGACAUGCACCCAUUAAUUUGAUCUCUUUUUUGUUGUUUUACAUUUCGAGACAUUUCUUUCUGUCCCUUGGUUCUCUCCGUCACCUCCCUCCCUCUCCCCUCCCACUCCUCGCUAAGUCUCCACCCCAGCGCGUGUGUGUGUGGAGGGGGCAUUAGCAGCUGCAUCAACAUCAGCAGCAGCAGCUGCUGUUGCCCUCCUGCACGAGGUUGAGCUGCUGCGCCUUCGAGAAGCAACCUGCCCUCUCGGUGGGGAUGAGGCCGUGUAAGAACGCCACGCUCCUGGUGGAGUUCGCCGCCCUGUGCGGCAUCGCCAGCUUCGUGCUGCUCGCCCUGUCCGUGGGCACUGACUACUGGUACAUCAUGGACACGUCCGGCCUCGGGGAGCAGCUGGAAAUCGAUAAGCGAGAAGAACUCGGACUCACGCACAUGGGGUUGUGGAGGACCUGCACAGUCCACAGGGGUUGCCAGUCGCUCGUCAAUCCAUUUAGCAAGGAGGUGGAAUUGUACUCGGACUUCCAGCGGCAGAUCCCAGUGCUGGAGAAGGUGGUGGUGAUUGUGCUGCCAGUCAGCCUGGUCCUCAUGGUGUUUGGAGGAAUUUUCGUUCUCAUCAGCGCCCUCAUCAAUCACUACUACAUGAUCUGCUUUGCUGGGAUUUACUUUAUCUUCGGAGCCUCCGUCACGCUGGUGGGAGUGAGCGUUUACUGCGCCUACUCGCAGCUCGUCGCUCACACAGCGCAGCUCAUCAGCCCCGAGGUGCUGCACGGCAUCACCAUCGCAUUCGGAUGGUCCUUCCACCUGGCGUGGCUCUCUUGCGCACUCGAGGCCCUCGCUGGGAGCCUCUUCCUGCUCUCCACCUGUGCAACACCCGGAGGCCAAGACGCGCCUCGCCGUCCGGUGGAGAUGCGGUGCUGCACUGCAUGACCGUGCAGCUGUGGAGGCAGAGGGAGGCAGCGAGAGAAGACCAUAAUGAAGAAAAGGGACCCUGCGCUCAUCCACUCGGCAGCCUCCACUGGCAACCCCAAUCAGGCGGUCAUGAGAGCUGCAUGUAAGGCACUGCUAUCAUUCACGCUUAAUUUACGCCGAAUGGUCUGAAUGGCACCAAAAUGCAUGGGUGCUUGCGAUACCACCAGCCAAUGCUUGCCAAAAUGUUCUGAAUCCAAGAAAAGCAGACAUUACAUUGUCUUUUUGCACAUAAAAGCAAGUUGGAAAAAUAACAAUCGCAUGUCACUGUAUAAACGGAUGUGUAUACAGUAUUAAUACAGCCAAUGCAAGUGACAGUACUGACGUGCAUCCUUUUUUGGCCAAAACUAUUCUCAUCAGAUGAGUACUUGGUGAUUGUUCAUACAUAGCAAGUUAAAUCUGCUUCGAUUGAAACAUUAAGCCAUGUUUUUUCGCAGGUUAAACUGCAGUUUUGUGUCAUGUUAUAUGCAUUCUUCUGAUAUGGUUAAUACUCUUUCAAAGCAUUAUAAAAUGUGUAUUUUAUAAAAAUGUAUAUUUCAACAAAGAAGCUCAAAUGUGGCAUGUUUUCCAAAAAGUUGAUUUCCAAUGUAUGCAUACAAAUAGUUUUCGAUUUUGUUAUCCCGAAGGUACAAACAGCCCACUUCUUGGAAACGCCUGCUGUCAUUGACAGAAAAUUACUGUUUUGCGAAUCUUGUCGCCAUUAGAGACGUAUGCACUCUACUUAUCACAACACUCUAGGACGACGAUUAGCAUUUAAUUGUGUUCUG